UCAGCUUUGACCGCAGACCACCAAUGUUUCCAUCUUCCAGUAGCCAAACAUCACUAUACGGGCCUCUAGGCUUCAGCGACGUCUCUUUUGGGUCACAGCAGUUCUCUUCGCAAUCCCUCUCGGAUAGUUCGCUAGCCGCAAGCGAGCGGAAUCCCCAGGACGAGUUCAAGCACAAUAUCCAUGUCGUACAACAACACCUGGCGAGGAUACAGGGCUUAGCGCGGAGCGUACUCUCAGGCAUUGAACACGCGUAUCAGCCGGGGACGAAUCCUAUUCAGACCGCAACUGAGGCCGAAUCCUUGAAGCAGAUGCUACACGAGCUCGCCGAAUUUCUGAAGCAGACCGGCGUUGGAGCACUGCCGCUUCUUGACCCUGCCAGCCCGCUCGCGGCCCUGCCAACGGAGGAGAAGCUGCUGGAAGACACGACAAAAUCUAUCGAAGCCGAAUAUGUGAAGCAUCAACGCAUGCAAGAAAGCGCGGCGACGGUAGUCAAUCUAUUGACCGCUCUCGACCAAUCGCUGAGGAAGUGAGGAUAGUCACUUCCUGAGUCGAUUUCUUUCCCUCUCGCUUCGCCCAAUGCAGGGAGCAGCUGGGCAGGUUUCUACGACCCGUCGUAGGAUGCAGGCCCGCGACCAGUUGUGCACACCGAACAGGGUCAACAAGUUCGUGCGUGUUAGUGGUAUGCUCUGGCGACCUGCAAUAAAAAGCGUUUUAGCGAGGCUGCGCAUCUUUGUUUCAGCGCUCGUAUUAUCUCUCUCGUGUGGAAUUCUAGACGCUUCGAGGUCGCGUAUGAAUACCACAUCGCCGCGUUGCGUGCAUCCAAAGAGACCCGUCUCUUGCUCUUAGGACCGGCUCAAGUAGAUCAACGUGUUCUCCGACACCUUGCCCAUCGCGGACGGGUCGCUAAGCCCGAUGUACGUCUUGCUAGACACGAGCCGGAACCAGAAGCUCGCAGUUCGAGUGGCUUUCGAAGCACUCAACGAUGCCCUCGAGACGCUGAACAUUGGUACGUGUGAGGCAGAGGCGUAUUCCGUCCACUUGGAAGAGAGGUGAAGAGCCUCUAGCGAAUCGGCUUCGAAUAGUGAUGCUAAGGCUGUUGUUGAGGGUGUGAAAACCUUAAGGAGGUCGCGUGUAAGGAAGCCAACGGGUGGCGAUGGAUUGCCACGCAAACACUAUGUCGCUGUGAUUGGGACCAGGACUCAGAACUUUGUAUAGAAACUUCGAAGUGCACUGGGGCUGAAGCAUCAUCGCUUCUUGACCUUAUCAGCCUGCUCAUGGCGCAGCCAACGACGAAAAAACUACUAGAAUACACGACGAAAUUUAUUGAAGCCGAGUGUACAAGCAUAUAUGCAUGCUGGUUGUAGCAACGGUAGCCAAUUUGAUGAUUGCUG